AUGGCACUUACGUCUAUCCGACUCCGUUACAGACCGCCAUUUCAAGCGUCCGAACCGAUCAAAAUAUAUAUGAAAACAUUGAAGGGGAUCGACGCUCUGGGCUUGGCUCAGAACAAAUUUAUCUGUCUCAAAGCGUUGCAGUUCAUUCGACGUCUUUGUCGUUUCAAUCCAUCCGAACGUUUGGGUGUGGGUAAACACGGGAUCCAAGAGAUACGCAGCCACAAAUACUUUCAGGGCUUUGAUUGGGCAGCAAUUGCCAAGCAAACUUUACCAACUCCGUUUAAAGUGAAAUGUCGUCUGAUUUGCCGAGAGCCGCUCAGGGAAAAUCUUGCCCUGAGGCCAAGUGGUGUGCGAUCGUUCACUGGUCAUACGGGGCAAGUAGGAUUGUCUGGUCGUCGACCAACUGAGUGGUCAAGUCAAGCAAUGCAACAUAUACGCUACUCACUGUCCUCGCCACAGACCAUUUGGUAUGAUCUGUAA